AUUGGUUGUAUCGACAAGUGAUGGAAUAAAAUAGGCGAGAAAGAAGAAAAUGAAAACACCUCUUUGGUUUGGUGAGUCAGUGUUUUUGGUUUUGAUUUGACUCUCCACUUUAUAUAACAAGAAGACUCUUCGCAUGGCCUACACUUACACCCACUCUCCGUUGCGUCUCAACACCAUUCCGCGAUUUCCAUUGUUUUCCCUUUCAAACCCAAUCUCAAAUUUCCGUCUACCUUCAACCCGAUUCUCUUUUCAAUCCCUCAGAUUCAAAGGGUUUAGCGCUAAACCCAGUAACACAUUUGUUUGCCAAGUGAAAUCUUCAAUGGGGGUUGAAUUAGAAAUCUUCGAAAAAGAAGAACUUGCUGUUUCUCUCGCCAAAUACGUUGCCGAUCUCUCCAAUAAAUUCACUCAUCAAAGAGGUGCUUUCACCGUUUGUUUGUCUGGUGGCUCUUUGAUCAACUAUCUUCAGAAACUUUUGGAGCCUCCUUAUGUUGAUUCUAUUGAAUGGGCUAAAUGGCAUGUGUUUUGGGUGGAUGAGAGAGUUGUACCUAAGACUCAUGAAGAUAGUAACUAUAAGCUUGCUUUUGAUGGUUUUCUCUCCAAGGUACCCAUUCCACCCGGCAAUGUUUACGCAAUCAACGAUGCCCUUUCAGCCGAGGGAGCGGCUGAUGAUUAUGAGACAUGUGUCAAACAUUUGGUCAAUACCAAUGUAAUAGUUUUAUCAUCAUCUAGUGGAUUUCCAAAAUUUGAUCUCAUGUUGCUUGGCAUGGGCCCUGAUGGGCAUGUAGCUUCUUUAUUCCCAGGACACCCUCUUGUGCAGGAGAAUAAAAAAUGGGUUACCUCCAUUAAGGACUCGCCAAAACCACCACCGGAGAGAAUAACAUUUACUUUUCCUGUGAUCAAUUCCUCUGCUUACAUUGCACUUGUGGUGACUGGUACCGGCAAAGCAGAUGCAGUUCACUCAUCACUACGCGGCUCUCAAACUUCUGAUAAGCUUCCUGCUGCCUUGGUUUCAGCUGAAGAGGAGUUGAAAUGGUUCUUAGACAAAGGUGCAGCGUCAAAGCUGUAGAUCCUAAAGCUAAGCCAGUUAAUCUAUGUGUUGUGCUAGUGUAUUUAUUUAUCUUUGCAAUAAUGAGUUUGUGUAAUAGAACACACAUAUCUAGUACUGAAUCUCCAUUUCUCAGUGAUGGUUAACACUGGAGAGGGGUUUUUGUAGCAAUAAGUGGAUAAAGCGAAGAAUGUGGAAGUUAUUUUGUUUUUGUUCA